AUGAGAACCUGCCUUCUUCACCAUACGAAAGCUUACAUGUCCCAGAAGAAGCUCCUCGGCUGUAUUCCACGAUCAUUGAAGUAUCCCAUCAGAAACCUACACAUCAAGAACAUGCAUACAGUGAACACGAACAUAACGCUAGAUGAAAGAGAGGAUACGAUCAAGAAACUCUUGGUGGGCUUCUGCGAUACAUAUAAUGCUGGGAUCCCUGAAAAGGACCAGCUUGAAUUGAGAAUCACCGGUGGCUGGGUCAGAGAUAAGCUUCUUGGAGAACAAAGUCAUGAUCUAGAUAUUGCAGUGAAUGUGCUUUCUGGUGAAGACUUUGCAUCGAAGUUACUUGAAUACACUGAACAGAAUGGCAUAGACUUGGGAGAUAACUCCACUAGCCUACACACCAUCAAGAAAAACCCAGAGAAGUCAAAACAUUUGGAGACUUGUACUGCUAAGCUCUUUGGGUUGGACAUAGACUUUGUCAACCUCAGAAGCGAACAGUACACUGAAGAAAGCAGAGUGCCGAUUAUAGACUGUGGUACUGCUGAGGAGGAUGCCUUGAGACGUGAUGCUACGCUCAAUGCCUUGUUCUAUAACCUUAAUAAGAGCGAAGUCGAGGAUUUUACUGGUAAAGGUGUUGAAGACCUCAAGAAAGGUAUCCUUAGAACGCCAUUGCAGCCAUUGCAGACUUUUGUGGAUGAUCCACUUAGAGUUUUGAGACUCAUUAGGUUUGCAGCUCGUUUUGACUUCACCAUUGACCCGGAAACACUUCUGGCCAUGAAGGACGGCCAUAUCACAAACGCUUUGGUGCAUAAAAUCAGUAGAGAGCGUGUUGGUGUCGAAACUGAUAAGAUCCUUACGGGAUCUAACCCGGGCUAUGGUCUUCGAUUGAUAAACCAUGUUGGUUUCAGUAAUAGCAUCUUUAACCCUGGUGCUCUUCGAAGCACAAUUGAAGAACUCAACCCAGACGUCAUUGAACAGAUCGAUCACCUUGAUCUGAAAGUCUCUUUGCGCAUUGAUGCUGCCACCCAAUACCUUCAGUCGUUCGUUUAUUCUAUCGAGAAUGCACUGGAAGCGCCGUUAUUGAAAAGCAUCUAUGAAUCCAUCUUGGACGAUGCCUCAGCCUACAAGGCAUUAUGGCUCUGUUUGAUUUUAGAGCCAUAUAGUGGUAUCUCCGUGAAGCUUAACGCAAGGAAGAUGUCAUUUACGCAUUAUCCAGAAGUCAUCUUGAAGGAAGGUUUGAGACUUGGUAAGCAAGACUACGACGUUGUUAGCAAUAUCUUGAAAAAUACCUGUGGUUUUACUACCUUCGAUAGCUAUUUCGAGAACCCAUCAAAGAUCACACGUUCAGAGCUUGGAUUGUAUAUGCGUCAAUACGGCGACCACUUCAAAUUAUCUGUUGCAUUUGGUGCCUUCAGCGAUUACCUUAACGGUUUGGAGAUUGCCGAUCUUACUGAGGAGGUUCCGGAACCAGAAGGAGUUCAUAGUCCUUUGAACGAGGAACGCUUUAGAGAGACCAUUUUCCAAUAUGAAAGUCUCUUGGAGACCAUCAGAGACAAGGGCUUGGAAGAUGUUGCCAAUUUGAAGCCUAUCAUUGAUGGUAAGAAAAUCUCGAAGGCUCUCGACAAAAAGCCUGGUCCUUGGAUGAGAGAGGUCACCGAUGAAGUCAUGAAGUGGCAGCUUGACCAUCCUGAAGGAGGACCUGAAGAUUGCAUCGAGCACAUCCGCAAUGUGCUCAACCAGAGAUCCGACUCCAUCCAUGUGGGGUACGGAAUCCAGGACCACAUCGUCAAAGAAACCCUUUCCACGUUAGCCACUUCUACUUAUGUGAUAGUGACAGAUGAGAAUAUGGAGAAGACUGCUCCAUUCCAGAAGUUGAAGGCUUCCUUCGAGGCCCAGAUCAAGGAACAGAGACCAGACUCGAGACUUCUUACUUAUGCUGUGUCACCAGGUGAAAACAACAAGUCUCGUGAGACAAAGGCCAAGGUUGAGGACUUCCUCUUGUUGAGUGGAUGCACUAGAGAUACUGUCAUUCUUGCAGUUGGUGGUGGUGUUGUUGGCGACAUGAUUGGAUUUGUCGCUGCUACCUUCAUGAGAGGUGUCCGUGUUGUUCAGGUUCCUACCACUUUGCUUGCAAUGGUUGACUCUGCUGUGGGUGGUAAGACUGCCAUUGACACUCCAUUGGGCAAGAACUUUAUCGGUUCGUUCCACCAGCCCAAGUAUGUCUUUGUUGAUGUUUCUUUCUUGGAGACUUUGCCUGCUAGACAGUUUAUCAAUGGUAUGGCUGAGGUUGUCAAGACCGCUGCUAUCUGGGAUGAACCUGAAUUCACCAGACUCGAGAGCUUCGCUCCUACUUUUUUGAAGGUGGUGUCUUCUGAUUCGCUAGAUCUUCAAGAAAUCAAGGAGGAUUUGGUCAAGACUGUUUUGGGCUCCAUUAGAGUAAAGGCUGAUGUUGUUUCGAAGGAUGAGAAGGAAUCUAGUUUGAGAAACUUGCUCAAUUUUGGCCAUACUAUCGGCCACGCUAUCGAGGCUAUUGUCACCCCACAAGCCCUUCAUGGUGAAUGUGUGGCUAUCGGUAUGGUUCUCGAAGCAGAAUUGGCCAGAUACUGGGGAAUCUUGAGCCCUACGGGUGUUGCUAGACUUGUCAAGUGUCUCAAUGCUUACAAUCUUCCUACUUCCAUCAACGACAAGACUUUCCUUCUGAAUGUUGGAUUCAAGAGGCAUUUCGUUGUCAUUGACAGCUUGCUUAAAAAGAUGGCUGUGGAUAAGAAGAACGACGGAUCAAAGAUUAGAACCGUUAUUCUCGAAGCUAUUGGUAAAUGCUACCAGUGGAAGGCUCAUGAAGUUUCCCAACAGGAUCUCAGAUUUGUUCUCACUGACGAGACGCUUGUUAAGCCAUUCAGCGAAGAGACCACUCCAUCCACCAAUACUGUGAUACCACCCGGUUCAAAGUCCAUCUCGAACAGAGCUUUAAUUUUGGCUGCUUUGGGAUCUGGAACAGUUAGAAUCAAGAAUCUUUUGCAUUCCGAUGACACGAAACAUAUGUUGGCUGCUGUGGCCGCUUUGAAGGGUGCCGAAAUCUCAACAGAGGAUAAUGGCGAAACCAUCGUUGUCACUGGUAAUGGUGGAAGCCUAAUCACUUGCGAUGAGCAAAUCUAUUUGGGUAAUGCUGGUACCGCCUCUCGUUUCCUUACAACUGUUGCAUCUCUUGUCAAUGUUAACAAACUGUCUAACGACUACACAGUGUUAACUGGUAAUGCUAGAAUGCAAGAAAGACCAAUCGGACCUUUGGUUGAUGCUUUGGCAAGUAACGGUUCUGAGAUCGAGUACUUAAACAGUCAGGGCUCCUUGCCUUUGAAGAUCAAGGCUGGUAAAGGUUUGAAGGGUGGUAGAAUCGAACUUGGCGCUACCAUUUCUUCCCAGUACGUUUCGUCUAUCUUGAUGUGUGCUCCUUAUGCUCAAGAAGAGGUUACCUUGGCCCUUGUUGAUGGUAAGCCAAUCUCUCAGUUGUACAUCGACAUGACGAUUUCAAUGAUGAAAGCCUUUGGUAUCAAUGUGACCAAGUCGACCACAGAAGAGUACACUUACCAUAUUCCAAAGGGCUCUUACAAGAACCCUGAUGUCUACGAGAUUGAAUCGGAUGCAUCCUCAGCUACAUACCCCUUGGCUUUCGCUGCCAUGACUGGAUCUUCGUGCACUGUGCCAAACGUUGGAUCCUCAUCAUUGCAAGGUGAUGCAAGAUUUGCCGUUGAUGUGUUGAAGCCAAUGGGAUGUACUGUGGAACAGACUGCCACCUCAACUACUGUGAAGGGUCCAGCAAGAGGAACACUCAAGCCCUUGAAGCAUGUUGAUAUGGAACCAAUGACUGAUGCUUUCCUUACGGCAUCUGUUGUCGCUGCUAUUGCAAAUGAUUCUACACCUACCCAAAUCACAGGUAUUGCUAACCAAAGAGUGAAGGAAUGUAACAGAAUCAAAGCAAUGGUUGAUGAAUUGAGCAAGUUUGGUGUGUCUGCUAAUGAACUACCAGAUGGUAUUGAGAUUCACGGUAUCGACUAUAAGAUCUUGAAGACCCCAAGCAUCGAGGAUGGUGGAGUGAAGACAUAUGACGAUCACAGAGUUGCCAUGUCCUUCUCUUUGUUGGCUGGUAUGUGCCCUGAACCUGUUCUUAUCACUGAGAGAUCUUGUACUGGUAAGACCUGGCCUGGUUGGUGGGAUGUAUUGCACACCAAGUUCGGUGCUGAUCUUGAUGGAUACGAGCCUCCUAAGGACUUGAACGAUGUGAGUCUUUUGGCAAACGCUAGAAAGAACGGCAACAAGUCGAUUAUUGUCAUUGGCAUGAGGGCCGCUGGAAAGUCUACUGUGAGUCGCUGGAUGGCUGACUUGCUCGGCUUCACUCUUAUCGAUGCCGAUACUGCUUUCGAAGAAAAACAUGGUGAUAUCAGAGAAUACAUCAAAAAGGAGGGUUGGGAGAAGUUCCGUGAGGUUGAAUCUGAAAUUCUCAAAACGAUCACUAGCGAGAAACCAACUGGUCAUGUCAUUUCUACUGGUGGAGGUAUCGUUGAGAGUGAGGAAUCUAGAACUCUUCUCAAGAACUACGCUAAAUCCGGUAUUGUUCUUCACUUGCAUCGUGAUUUGGAUGAAACAAUCAUCUUCUUAAACUCUGAUGCUACAAGACCUGCCUACGUGAGCGAAAUUAAGGAAGUCUGGGAGAGAAGAGAGAAAUGGUACCAUGACUGUUCUAACUUCCUCUUCUACUCUGCUCACUGCUCAACUGAUAACGAGUUCAAGAAGUUGAGACAAUCGUUUGCCAACUUUAUUAAGACUAUCACUGGUCUUGAGGUCACAAGAACUCCACUGACCAGAUCAUUCGCUGUUAGUCUUACGCAUGAGAACUUAAACGACAUUGCUGAGGAUUUGGAAGACAUCACUGCUGCUUGCUCUGCUGUUGAGUUGAGAGUUGACCUUUUGAAAGAGUACACCUCGACAUAUGUCGCUGAGCAGAUUGCCAUUCUCAGAAAGUACGUCAACUUGCCUAUUAUUUUUACUGUUCGUACAAAGAGUCAAGGUGGUCGCUUCCCUGAUGAAGACGUUGAAAAAUAUCACGAGUUAACAGACUUGGCUCUCAAACUUGGAGUUGAAUACUUGGAUCUACAAUUGAGCAUCCCAACAAAGAUCACCAAGCGUAUCUUUGGAAAGAAGGGUUUCACGAGAAUCAUUGCCACCUACGUUGAUUUGAAGGGUGAGCAUAAAUGGAACGAUCCUGCUUGGGACAAUAGAUACAAUGCUGCAUUCAGUUUGAACGCUGACUUGAUCAAGUUGGUUGGCACUGCAAGUGAUUUCCAGGAGAACAUUGCAGUCGAGAACUUCAAGUCUAGCCAUCAAAGCACGCCACUCAUUGCAUACAACCAUGGUCAGGAAGGAAAGUUGUCGAAGGUGUUGAAUACUCUCUUUACGCCAGUCACCAGCGAGCUCUUGCCUGGUAUUCCAUCUACUGAUGAAGUCACCGUGGGAGAGAUCAACAGCUCGUUAAGCCAAAUUGGUAUCCUCACCAAGAAGGAAUUCACGGUGGUGGGCUCGCCAAUUGAGCAUUCUCGUUCUCCAGACCUCCAUGGCUCAGCUUACCAGGACUUAAGCUUACCACACAAAUUCGGCAGAUUCGAAAGCAGCAACGCCGAAGAAGUUUACAGAGAGUUGAUCAGCAAACCAGAUUUUGGCGGUUUGGCAGUCACCAUGCCAUUGAAGCUCGAUAUCAUGAAGUACACCGAUGAACUCUCUGAGGCUGCCAAGCUUAUUGGUGCUGUCAACACUGUGGUGCCGCUUAAGGGCCACCCAGGCAAGUUCCUUGGUGACAACACUGACUGGUACGGCAUUACCAAAUCGUUCACAAGAAACGGUGUUCCUUCUAUUGAACAUGCCAAUGUCAAUGGUUUGGUCAUUGGUGGCGGUGGAACCGCCAGAGCAGCUGCCUACGCCUUGCAUCAGAUAGGAUGCUCCAAGAUCUACAUGAUUAACCGCACCGCAUCCAAGCUACACGAAAUCCAAGAACAAUUGCCAGUGGAAUUCAACAUUGAAGUGUUGGAAAGCGACGAGCAAACGGAAAAAGCCGAGGCUGUGUCCUUGGCAGUGUCUUGUGUGGCAGCAGACAAACCUUUGGAUGAGACCCUUCUCAACCGAGUGGAAAGCUUGUUGCACCGUGGAGCAUUGGCCAAGAAAGGAGGCUUCAACCCAACGCUUCUUGACGCUGUCUACAAACCUCGAGUCACGCCAAUGAUGAAAAUCGCCCAGGACAAGUACCUGUGGACGGUUGUGCCUGGCGUGGAGAUGUUGGUGAACCAAGGCGAGAGGCAGUUUGAGAUCCACACUGGUCUCACCCCUCCAUACAAGGUUAUCUACAACGCUGUUGUCAGGGAGUAA